UCGCUGCACUCACCGCCAAUCGCUGCACUCACCGCCAAUCGCUGCACUCAUCGCCAAUCGCUGCACUCACCGCCAAUCGCUGCACUCACCGCCAAUCGCUGCACUCACCUCCAGUCGCUGCACUCACCGCCAGUCGCUGCACUCACCGCCAGUCGCUGCACUCACCGCCAGUCGCUGCACUCACCGCCAGUCGCUGCACUCACUGCCAGUCGCUGCACUCACUGCCAAUCGCUGCACUCACUGCCAGUCGCUGCACUCACCGCCAGUCGCUGCAUUCACCGCCAGUCGCUGCACUCACCGCCAAUCGCUGCACUCACCGCCAAUCGCUGCACUCACCGCCAAUCGCUGCACUCACCGCCAAUCGCUGCACUCACCGCCAGUCGCUGCACUCACCGCCAGUCGCUGCACUCACCGCCAGUCGCUGCACUCACCGCCAGUCGCUGCUCUCACCGCCAAUCGCUGCACUCACUGCCAGUCGCUGCACUCACUGCCAGUCGCUGCACUCACUGCCACUUGCUGCACUCACUGCCAGUCGCUGCACUCACCGCCAAUCGCUGCACUCACCGCCAAUCGCUGCACUCAUCGCCAAUCGCUGCACUCACCGCCAAUCGCUGCACUCACCGCCAAUCGCUGCACUCACCGCGAGUCGCUGCACUCACUGCCAGUCGCUGCACUCACUGCCAGUCGCUGCACUCACCGCCAAUCGCUGCACUCACCGCCAGUCGCUGCACUCACCGCCAGUCGCUGCACUCACUGCCAAUCACUGCACUCAACGCCAGUCGCUGCACUCACCGCGAGUCGCUGCACUCACUGCCAGUCGCUGCACUCACUCCCAAUCGCCGCACUCACUGCCAGUCGUUGCACUCACUGCCAGUCGCUGCACUCACCGCCAGUCGCUGCACUCACCGCCAGUCGCUGCACUCACUGCCAGACGCUGCACUCACCGCCAGUCGCUGCACUCACCACGAGUCGCUGCACUCACUGCCAGUCGCUGCACUCACUCCCAGUCGCUGCACUCACCGCCAGUCGUUGCACUCACUGCCAGUCGCUGCACUCACCGCCAGUCGCUGCACUCACAGCCAGUCGCUGCACUCACUGCCAGUCGCUGCACUCACCGCCAGUCGCUGCACUCACCGCCAGUCGCUGCACUCACUGCCAGUCGCUGCACUCAAUGCCAAUCGCUGCACUCACCGCCAAUCGCUGCACUCACUGCCAGUCGCUGCACUCACUGCCAGUCGCUGCACUCACUGCCACUUGCUGCACUCACUGCCAGUCGCUGCACUCACCGCCAAUCGCUGCACUCACCGCCAAUCGCUGCACUCAUCGCCAAUCGCUGCACUCACCGCCAAUCGCUGCACUCACCGCUAGUCGCUGCACUCACCGCCAGUCGCUGCACUCACCGCCAGUCGCUGCACUCACCGCCAGUCGCUGCACUCACCGCCAGUCGCUGCACUCACCGCCAGUCGCUGCACUCACCGCCAAUCGCUGCACUCACCGCCAAUCGCUGCACUCACCGCCAAUCGCUGCACUCACCGCCAAUCGCUGCACUCACCGCCAAUCGCUGCACUCACCGCCAGUCGCUGCACUCACCGCCAGUCGCUGCACUCACCGCCAGUCGCUGCACUCACCGCCAGUCGCUGCACUCACCGCCAAUCGCUGCACUCACCGCCAAUCGCUGCACUCACCGCCAAUCGCUGCACUCACCGCCAAUCGCUGCACUCACCGCCAAUCGCGGCACUCACCGCCAAUCGCUGCACUCACCGCCAGUCGCUGCACUCACCGCCAGUCGCUGCACUCACCGCCAGUCGCUGCACUCACCGCCAGUCGCUGCACUCACCGCCAAUCGCUGCACUCACCGCCAGUCGCUGCACUCACUGCCAGUCGCUGCACUCAAUGCCUAUCGCUGCACUCACCGCCAAUCGCUGCACUCACUGCCAGUCGCUGCACUCACUGCCAGUCGCUGCACUCACUGCCAAUCGCUGCACUCACUGCCAGUCGCUGCACUCACCGCCAGUCGCUGCACUCACUGCCAAUCGCUGCACUCACCGCCAAUCGCUGGACUCACCGCCAAUCGCUGCACUCACCGCCAAUCGCUGCACUCACGGCCAAUCGCUUCACUCACCGCCAAUCGCUGCACUCACCGCUAGUCGCUGCACUCACCGCCAGUCGCUGCACUCACUGCCAGUCGCUGCACUCACUGCCAGUCGUUGCACUCACCGCCAAUCGCUGCACUCACCGCCGAUCGAUGCACUCACCGACAAUCGCUGCACUCAUCGCCAAUCGCUGCACUCACCGCCAGUCGCUGCACUCACCGCCAGUCGCUGCACUCACCGCCAGUCGCUGCACUCACUGUCAAUCGCAGCACUCACUGCCAGUCGCUGCACUCACUGCCAGUCGCUGCACUCACUGCCAAUCGCUGCACUCACUGCCAGUCGCUGCACUCACCGCCAGUCGCUGCACUCACCGCCAGUCGCUGCACUCACCGCCAAUCGCUGCACUCACCGCCAAUCGCUGCACUCACCGCCAAUCGCUGCACUCACCGCCAAUCGCUGCACUCACCGCCAGUCGCUGCACUCACCGCCAGUCGCUGCACUCACCGCCAGUCGCUGCACUCACCGCCAGUCGCUGCACUCACCGCCAAUCACUGCACUCACUGCCAAUCGCUGCACUCACCGCCAAUCGCUGCACUCACCGCCAAUCGCUGCACUCACCGCCAGUCGCUGCACUCACCGCCAGUCGCUGCACUCACCGCCAGUCGCUGCACUCACCGCCAGUCGCAGCACUCACUGGUAGUCGCUGCACUCACUGCCAGUCGCUGCACUCACUGCCAGUCGCUGCACUCACCGCCAGUCGCUGCACUCACCGCCAGUCGCUGCACUCACUGCCAGUCGCUGCACUCAAUGCCUAUCGCUGCACUCACCGCCAAUCGCUGCACUCACUGCCAGUCGCAGCACUCACUGCCAGUCGCUGCACUCACCGCGAGUCGCUGCACUCACUGCCUGUCGCUGCACUCACUCCCAAUCGCUGCACUCACUGCCAGUCGUUGCACUCACUGCCAGUCGCUGCACUCACCGCCAGUUGCUGCACUCACCGCCAGUCGCUGCACUCACCGCCAAUCGCUGCACUCACCGCCAGUCGCUGCACUCACUGCCAGUCGCUGCACUCAAUGCCUAUCGCUGCACUCACCGCCAAUCGCUGCACUCACUGCCAGUCGCUGCACUCACUGCCAGUCGCUGCACUCACUGCCAAUCGCUGCACUCACUGCCAGUCGCUGCACUCACCGCCAGUCGCUGCACUCACCGCCAAUCGCUGCACUCACCACCAGUCGCUGCACUCACCGCCAAUCGCUGCACUCACCGCCAAUCGCUGCACUCACCGCCAAUCGCUGCACUCACCGCCAAUCGCUGCACUCACCGCCAGUCGCUGCACUCACCGCCAGUCGCUGCACUCACCGCCAGUCGCUGCACUCACCGCCAGUCGCUGCUCUCACCGCCAGUCGCUGCACUCACCGCCAGUCGCUGCACUCACCGCCAGUCGCUGCACUCACCGCCAGUCGCUGCACUCACUGCCAGUCGUUGCACUCACUGCCAGUUGCUGCACUCACCGCCAGUCGCUGCACUCACCGCCAAUCACUGCACUCACCGCCAGUCGCUGCACUCACUGCCAGUCGCUGCACUCAAUGCCUAUCGCUGCACUCACUGCCAGUCGUUGCACUCACUGCCAGUCGCUGCACUCACCGCCAGUCGCUGCACUCACCGCCAGUCGCUGCACUCACCGCCAAUCGCUGCACUCACCGCCAGUCGCUGCACUCACCGUCAGCCGUUGCACUCACUGCCAGUCGCUGCACUCACUGCCAGUCGUUGCACUCACUGCCAGUCGCUGCACUCACCGCCAAUCGAUGCACUCUCCGCCAAUCGCUGCACUCACCGCCAGUCGCUGCACUCACCGCCAGUCGCUGCACUCACCGCCAGUCGCUGCACUCACCGCCAGUCGCUGCACUCACUGCCAAUCGCUGCACUCACUGCCAGUCGCUGCACUCACUGCCAAUCGCUGCACUCACUGCCAGUCGCUGCACUCACCGCCAGUCGCUGCACUCACCGCCAGUCGCUGCACUCACUGCCAGUCGCUGCACUCAAUGCCUAUCGCUGCACUCACCGCCAAUCGAUGCACUCACCGCCAAUCGCUGCACUCACCGCCAGUCGCUGCACUCACCGCCAGUCGCUGCACUCACCGCCAGUCGCUGCACUCACCGCCAGUCGCUGCACUCACCGCCAAUCGCUGCACUCACUGCCAAUCGCUGCACUCACUGCCAAUCGCUGCACUCACUGCCAAUCGCUGCACUCACCGCCAAUCGCUGCACUCACCUCCAGCCGCUGCACUCACUGCCAGUCGCUGCACUCACUGCCAUCGCUGCACUCACCGCCAGUCGCUGCACUCACCGCCAGUCGCUGCACUCACCGCCAAUCGCUGCACUCACCGCCAGUCGCUGCACUCACCGUCAGCCGUUGCACUCACUGCCAGUCGCUGCACUCACUGCCAGUCGUUGCACUCACUGCCAGUCGCUGCACUCACCGCCAAUCGAUGCACUCUCCGCCAAUCGCUGCACUCACCGCCAGUCGUUGCACUCACCGCCAGUCGCUGCACUCACCGCCAGUCGCUGCACUCACCGCCAGUCGCUGCACUCACUGCCAAUCGCUGCACUCACUGCCAGUCGCUGCACUCACUGCCAAUCGCUGCACUCACUGCCAGUCGCUGCACUCACCGCCAGUCGCUGCACUCACCGCCAGUCGCUGCACUCACUGCCAGUCGCUGCACUCAAUGCCUAUCGCUGCACUCACCGCCAAUCGAUGCACUCACCGCCAAUCGCUGCACUCACCGCCAGUCGCUGCACUCACCGCCAGUCGCUGCACUCACCGCCAGUCGCUGCACUCACCGCCAGUCGCUGCACUCACCGCCAAUCGCUGCACUCACCGCCAAUCGCUGCACUCACCGCCAAUCGCUGCACUCACCGCCAGUCGUUGCACUCACCGCCAGUCGUUGCACUCACCGCCAGUCGCUGCACUCACCGCCAGUCGCUGCACUCACCGCCAGUCGCUGCACUCACCGCCAAUCGCUGCACUCACCGCCAAUCGCUGCACUCACCGCCAAUCGCUGCACUCACCGCCAAUCGCUGCACUCACCGCCAGUCGCUGCACUCACCGCCAGUCGCUGCACUCACCGCCAGUCGCUGCACUCACCGCCAGUCGCUGCACUCACUGCCAAUCGCUGCACUCACUGCCAGUCGCUGCACUCACUGCCAAUCGCUGCACUCACUGCCAGUCGCUGCACUCACCGCCAGUCGCUGCACUCACCGCCAGUCGCUGCACUCACUGCCAGUCGCUGCACUCAAUGCCUAUCGCUGCACUCACCGCCAAUCGAUGCACUCACCGCCAAUCGCUGCACUCACCGCCAGUCGCUGCACUCACCGCCAGUCGCUGCACUCACCGCCAGUCGCUGCACUCACCGCCAAUCGCUGCAAUCACCGCCAAUCGCUGCACUCACCGCCAAUCGCUGCACUCACCGCCAAUCGCUGCACUCACCGCCAGUCGUUGCACUCACUGCCAGUCGCUGCACUCACCGCCAGUCGCUGCACUCACCGCCAGUCCCUGCACUCACCGCCAAUCGCUGCACUCACCGCCAAUCGCUGCACUCACCGCCAAUCGCUGCACUCACCGCCAAUCGCUGCACUCACCGCCAAUCGCUGCACUCACCGCCAAUCGCUGCACUCACCGCCAGUCGCUGCACUCACCGCGAGUCGCUGCACUCACUGCCAGUCGCUGCACUCACUCCCAAUCGCUGCACUCACUGCCAGUCGUUGCACUCACUGCCAGUCGCUGCACUCACCGCCAGUCGCUGCACUCACCGCCAGUCGCUGCACUCACCGCCAGUCGCUGCACUCACCGCCAGUCGCUGCACUCACCGCCAGUCGCUGCACUCACUGUCAGUCGUUGCACUCACUGCCAGUCGCUGCACUCACCGCCAGUCGCUGCACUCACCGCCAGUCGCUGCACUCACCGCCAGUCGCUGCACUCACCGCCAAUCGCUGCAAUCACCGCCAAUCGCUGCACUCACCGCCAAUCGCUGCACUCACCGCCAAUCGCUGCACUCACCGCCAGUCGCUGCACUCACCGCCAGUCGCUGCACUCACCGCCAGUCGCUGCACUCACCGCCAGUCGCUGCACUCACUGCCAAUCGCUGCACUCACUGCCAGUCGCUGCACUCACUGCCAAUCGCUGCACUCACUGCCAGUCGCUGCACUCACCGCCAGUCGCUGCACUCACCGCCAGUCGCUGCACUCACUGCCAGUCGCUGCACUCAAUGCCUAUCGCUGCACUCACCGCCAAUCGAUGCACUCACCGCCAAUCGCUGCACUCACCGCCAGUCGCUGCACUCACCGCCAGUCGCUGCACUCACCGCCAGUCGCUGCACUCACCGCCAAUCGCUGCAAUCACCGCCAAUCGCUGCACUCACCGCCAAUCGCUGCACUCACCGCCAAUCGCUGCACUCACCGCCAGUCGUUGCACUCACUGCCAGUCGCUGCACUCACCGCCAGUCGCUGCACUCACCGCCAGUCCCUGCACUCACCGCCAAUCGCUGCACUCACCGCCAAUCGCUGCACUCACCGCCAAUCGCUGCACUCACCGCCAAUCGCUGCACUCACCGCCAAUCGCUGCACUCACCGCCAAUCGCUGCACUCACCGCCAGUCGCUGCACUCACCGCGAGUCGCUGCACUCACUGCCAGUCGCUGCACUCACUCCCAAUCGCUGCACUCACUGCCAGUCGUUGCACUCACUGCCAGUCGCUGCACUCACCGCCAGUCGCUGCACUCACCGCCAGUCGCUGCACUCACCGCCAGUCGCUGCACUCACCGCCAGUCGCUGCACUCACCGCCAGUCGCUGCACUCACUGUCAGUCGUUGCACUCACUGCCAGUCGCUGCACUCACCGCCAGUCGCUGCACUCACCGCCAGUCGCUGCACUCACCGCCAGUCGCUGCACUCACCGCCAAUCGCUGCAAUCACCGCCAAUCGCUGCACUCACCGCCAAUCGCUGUACUCACCGCCAAUCGCUGCACUCACCGCCAGUCGUUGCACUCACUGCCAGUCGCUGCACUCACCGCCAGUCACUGCACUCACCGCCAGUCCCUGCACUCACCGCCAAUCGCUGCACUCACCGCCAAUCGCUGCACUCACCGCCAAUCGCUGCACUCACCGCCAAUCGCUGCACUCACCGCCAAUCGCUGCACUCACCGCCAAUCGCUGCACUCACCGCCAGUCGCUGCACUCACCGCGAGUCGCUGCACUCACUGCCAGUCGCUGCACUCACUCCCAAUCGCUGCACUCACUGCCAGUCGUUGCACUCACUGCCAGUCGCUGCACUCACCGCCAGUCACUGCACUCACCGCCAGUCGUUGCACUCACCGCCAGUCGCUGCACUCACCGCCAGUCGCUGCACUCACCGCCAGUCGCUGCACUCACUGCCAGUCGUUGCACUCACUGCCAGUCGCUGCACUCACCGCCAGUCGCUGCACUCACCGCCAGUCGCUGCACUCACCGCCAAUCGCUGCACUCACCGCCAGUCGCUGCACUCACUGCCAGUCGCUGCACUCAAUGCCUAUUGCUGCACUCACCGCCAAUCGCUGCACUCACUGCCAGUCGUUGCACUCACUGCCAGUCGCUGCACUCACCGCCAGUCGCUGCACUCACCGCCAGUCGCUGCACUCACCGCCAAUCGCUGCACUCACCGCCAGUCGCUGCACUCACUGCCAGUCGCUGCACUCACUGCCAGUCGCUGCACUCACCGCGAGUCGCUGCACUCACUGCCUGUCGCUGCACUCACUCCCAAUCGCUGCACUCACUGCCAGUCGUUGCACUCACUGCCAGUCGCUGCACUCACCGCCAGUCGCUGCACUCACCGCCAGUCGCUGCACUCACCGCCAAUCGCUGCACUCACCGCCAGUCGCUGCACUCACUGCCAGUCGCUGCACUCAAUGCCUAUCGCUGCACUCACCGCCAAUCGCUGCACUCACUGCCAGUCGCCGCACUCACUGCCAGUCACUGCACUCACUGCCAAUCGCUGCACUCACUGCCAGUCGCUGCACUCACCGCCAGUCGCUGCACUCACCGCCAAUCGCUGCACUCACCGCCAAUCGCUGCACUCAACGCCAAUCGCUGCACUCACUGCCAAUCGCUGCACUCACCGCCAAUCGCUGCACUCACCGCCAGUCGCUGCACUCACCGCCAGCCGCUGCACUCACUGCCAGUCGCUGCACUCACUGCCAGUCUCGCUGCACUCACCGCCAGUCGCUGCACUCACCGCCAGUCGCUGCACUCACCGCCAGUCGCUGCACUCACCGCCAAUCGAUGCACUCACCGCCAAUCGCUGCACUCACCGCCAGUCGCUGCACUCACCGCCAGUCGCUGCACUCACCGCCAGUCGCUGCACUCACCGCCAGUCGCUGCACUCACCGCCAGUCGCUGCACUCACUGAAAGUCGCUGCACUCACUGCCAAUCGCUGCACUCACUGCCAGUCGCUGCACUCACCGCCAGUCGCUGCACUCACCGCCAGUCGCUGCACUCACCGCCAAUCGCUGCACUCACCGCCAAUCGCUGCACUCACCGCCAAUCGCUGCACUCACCGCCAAUCGCUGCACUCACCGCCAGUCGCUGCACUCACCGCCAGUCGCUGCACUCACCGCCAGUCGCUGCACUCACCGCCAGUCGCUGCACUCACCGCCAAUCGAUGCACUCACCGCCAAUCGCUGCACUCACCGCCAGUCGCUGCACUCACCGCCAGUCGCUGCACUCACCGCCAGUCGCUGCACUCACCGCCAGUCGCUGCACUCACCGCCAGUCGCUGCACUCACCGCCAGUCGCUGCACUCACCGCCAGUCGCUGCACUCACUGCCAGUCGUUGCACUCACUGCCAGUCGCUGCACUCACCGCCAGUCGCUGCACUCACCGCCAGUCGCUGCACUCACCGCCAAUCGCUGCACUCACCGCCAGUCGCUGCACUCACUGCCAGUCGCUGCACUCAAUGCAUAUCGCUGCACUCACCGCCAAUCGCUGCACUCACUGCCAGUCGUUGCACUCACUGCCAGUCGCUGCACUCACCGCCAGUCGCUGCACUCACCGCCAGUCGCUGCACUCACCGCCAAUCGCUGCACUCACCGCCAGUCGCUGCACUCACCGCCAGCCGUUGCACUCACUGCCAGUCGCUGCACUCACUGCCAGUCGUUGCACUCACUGCCAGUCGCUGCACUCACCGCCAAUCGAUGCACUCACCGCCAAUCGCUGCACUCACCGCCAGUCGCUGCACUCACCGCCAGUCGCUGCACUCACCGCCAGUCGCUGCACUCACCGCCAGUCGCUGCACUCACUGCCAGUCGCUGCACUCACUGCCAGUCGCUGCACUCACUGCCAAUCGCUGCACUCACUGCCAGUCGCUGCACUCACCGCCAGUCGCUGCACUCACCGCCAGUCGCUGCACUCACCGCCAGUCGCUGCACUCACCGCCAGUCGCUGCACUCACCGCCAAUCGCUGCACUCACCGCCAAUCGCUGCACUCACCGCCAAUCGCUGCACUCACCGCCAAUCGCUGCACUCACCGCCAAUCACUGCACUCACCGCCAGUCGCUGCACUCACCGCCAGUCGCUGCACUCACCGCCAGUCGCUGCACUCACCGCCAGUCGCUGCACUCACCGCCAGUCGCUGCACUCACCGCGAGUCGCUGCACUCACUGCCAGUCGCUGCACUCACUCCCAAUCGCUGCACUCACUGCCAGUCGUUGCACUCACUGCCAGUCGCUGCACUCACCGCCAGUCGCUGCACUCACCGCCAAUCGCUGCACUCACCGCCAGUCGCUGCACUCACUGCCAGUCGCUGCACUCAAUGCCUAUCGCUGCACUCACCGCCAAUCGCUGCACUCACUGCCAGUCGCUGCACUCACUGCCAGUCGCUGCACUCACUGCCAAUCGCUGCACUCACUGCCAGUCGCUGCAUCACCGCCAGUCGCUGCACUCACCGCCAAUCGCUGCACUCACCGCCAAUCGCUGCACUCACCGCCAAUCGCUGCACUCACUGCCAAUCGCUGCACUCACCGCCAAUCGCUGCACUCACCGCCAGUCGCUGCACUCACCGCCAGUCGCUGCACUCACUGCCAGUCGCUGCACUCACUGCCAGUCGUUGCACUCACUGCCAGUCGCUGCACUCACCGCCAAUCGAUGCACUCACCGCCAAUCGCUGCACUCACCGCCAGUCGCUGCACUCACCGCCAGUCGCUGCACUCACUGCCAGUCGCUGCACUCACUGCCAGUCGCUGCACUCACUGCCAAUCCCUGCACUCACCGCCAAUCGCUGCACGAGGGCGUCUCUCUCCCGCUCCCGCUGCACCAACAUCUCUGGAUCCAUCCCCACCGCACUCCCCCCGUCCCCGCUCCCCCUUCCCCCCGCCUCCACGAGCUCGCGGAUCUGGCGCUGCAGCACGCUGACGUGGCAUGCCAGCUGGCCCUCCUUGUGGCGGAGCGCCGCCACGUGGUGGGCGGCCUCCUCCGGUGGCAUCUGCAGCAGCUGCUGCGACCUCCUCUCCACCGAUACCGCCUGGGGCGAUGGGGGCGCAUGGGAGGGCGGGAGGGGGAAAAGGGGUGUGAGAGGAGGUGA